GCACAAGUUCCAAGUGGGGAGGGGACUGGCUCAGCAUCCGGAGCCAAAACAAGAAUAGAAUUGGGAGCUGAGCCUGAAUCAGUUCGGGCUUUGGGUUGUCUGCAUCAACACAGCCAGCAUGCCUAUGAUUUCUGUGCUGGGCAAAAUGUUUCUGUGGCAGCGUGAAGGGCCUGGAGGGCGAUGGACUUGUCAGACAAGCCGCAGAGUGGCUUCGGACCCUGCCUGGGCUGUGGAGUGGAUCGAACUCCCUCGAGGUCUCUCUCUCUCCUCCUUGGGAUCUGCUCGGACUCUCCGAGGCUGGAGCCGGUCCCCGCGUCCUUCUUCCGUGGACAGCCAGGACUUGCCAGAGGUGAAUGUUGGAGACACAGUCGCGAUGCUGCCCAAGUCCCGGAGAGCCCUAACCAUCCAGGAGAUCGCUGCGCUGGCCAGAUCUUCCCUGCAUGGUAUUUCCCAGGUGGUGAAGGACCACGUGACCAAGCCUACAGCCAUGGCCCAGGGCCGAGUGGCUCACCUCAUCGAAUGGAAAGGCUGGAGCAAGCCUAGUGACUCCCCUGCUGCUUUGGAAACAGCCUUUUCCUCCUACUCAGACCUCAGUGAGGGUGAACAAGAGGCUCGCUUUGCUGCCGGCGUGGCUGAGCAGUUUGCUAUUGCAGAAGCCAAGCUCCGAGCGUGGUCUUCAGUGGACGGUGAUGACUCCACAGACGAGUCCUACGAUGAAGAUUUCACUGGGGGAACUGACGCAGACAUGGCUGGGCCUCUGGGGUCCCACCUCCAGGACCUCUUCACAGGUCGUCGGUUCUCCCGUCCAGUGCGCCAGGGCUCGGUGGAGCCUGAGAGCGACUGUUCACAGACCGUGUCCCCAGAUACGCUGUGCUCUAGUCUGUGCAGCCUGGAAGAUGGCUUGCUGGGCUCCCCAGCCAGGAUGACCCCCCAGAUGUUGGGUGAAGAGCUGCUCCUUGCCAGACUGCCCCCGAGCCGGGAAAGUGCCUUCCGCAGUCUGGGCCCAUUGGAGGCCCAGGACUCGCUUUACAACUCACCACUCACGGAAUCCUGCCUUUCCCCUACCGAGGAGGAGCCUGAUUCUUGCAAGAACUGUCAGCUGCUCUGCCCGCUGCCUGUAGGCCCCUGGGAAAGGCAGCAGCAAGUCUCCGACGCGGCCUCUUCUGGGGUCGUAUCCUUAGAUGAGGAUGAGGUGGAGCCUGAGGACCAGUGAUCCAGACAUGCGCAGUGGUGGCAUGUUUCCCGGGGCUGCUGUCUGGGGCAGCGCCUCUGUGGCCAAAUGUGGGCUCUGAAGCUUAGACUGGCUUCUGGGAGCACUCACUUCUCCAUUGUGUGUUUUGCAUGAAAGUGUUUGGAGAGGAGGCAGGGGCCAGGCUAAGGGGCGCAUGUCCUGCUUCCACUCUUGGGGUUUGCCGGGGCUUGCCCGGGUCCCCUGGGGCAUGGCUACAGCUGUGGCAGACAGUGACGUUCAUGUUUCUUGAAUCCAAAAUGCCACAUUUCCUCCUGGGAUGUGAACCUGAGGGGGUUGUUGUGGCUUGGCUGGGAGGGUGGGAAUCGGGGACGCCUGGCCACACCUCCUCCACCCUCUCCCCUGCCCUGUCUCCUCUGCUUUUCUCUUCACCCGAGUCCACGUGCAGUGCUUGACUGAACCACCUCCACCUGUGGGGCUGGCUCCUGCGCUCCCGGAGUCUACAAAUUGAGCCAUCCCCUAAGGGUCCCCUUGCCCAGCUGGGCUCUGCUGUGUCUCACCUCUCCACUGUCUCUAAACCUUUUUUCUCUAAAGACAGGGGGUUUCUGGUCUGUUCUUUGAGCCGGAUAUUCUUUGGGAGGCACUGGAAAUGAUGAAAGAGCGUGCACCGCCACCCCCACCCCAC